AUUGCGUCCACAUAAUUCAAAAGACAACGUGUGUUGUGGCUCGAGUUGGACUAGUCUCAAUUUAAUGAGUAUUGGUUAAAUCUUACCUUAGCUUUUUACUCCACGGACAGGAUUGCCGGUUCCAACUUCCUAGAGAAUACCACUUUGACCUUUCGCCACACACAGCGGUCGGUCGGACCAGCAUUAUCAACGCACCUUUCUCUUCCUCAACUCCACGGCUGCAAAUCAUCAGCCCUUUCUCUACCUAAAUCAUCCAAUCCUACAGUUGUUUUAUUCUCAAUAAACGCUUAACACACCAAGGCACCAUUGUCACCGGCUGUUCCGGUAUCCCUUUCUCUUUCUUUAUAUUAAACCUCAUUUUCUCACUCUUCGGCCACUAGUCUCCACUAUCACUGCUCUCACUAUUCCUUUCUGCAACUUACUACUUUUCUAAUUCUAUCUCUUCAGUCAUGGGGAAGGUUAAGAUCGGGAUCAACGGAUUUGGAAGGAUUGGAAGGUUAGUGGCCAGAGCGGCUCUCGAGAGAGACGACGUUGAGCUCGUCGCAGUUAACGAUCCCUUCAUCAGCGUUGAUUACAUGACCUACAUGUUCAAGUAUGAUACAGUUCACGGUCAAUGGAAGCAUAAUGAGUUGAAGGUGAAGGAUGAUAAGACCCUUCUCUUUGGCGAGAAGCCUGUGACAGUCUUCGGUGUUAGGAACCCGGAGGAAAUCCCAUGGGGUGAGACUGGAGCAGAGUAUAUUGUGGAAUCAACUGGAGUGUUCACUGACAAGGAUAAGGCUGCCGCUCAUUUGAAGGGUGGUGCUAAGAAAGUCAUCAUCUCUGCCCCCAGCAAGGAUGCUCCCAUGUUCGUUGUUGGUGUUAAUGAGAAGGAAUAUAAGCCAGAUCUUCACAUUGUAUCAAAUGCUAGUUGCACUACCAACUGUCUUGCACCUCUUGCUAAGGUCAUUCAUGACCGAUUUGGCAUUGUUGAGGGUCUUAUGACAACUGUCCACUCCAUUACUGCCACCCAAAAGACUGUUGAUGGGCCAUCAAUGAAGGACUGGAGAGGUGGAAGAGCUGCUUCAUUCAACAUCAUUCCUAGUAGCACUGGAGCUGCUAAGGCUGUUGGGAAGGUGCUGCCUGCUCUGAAUGGGAAACUUACAGGAAUGGCUUUCCGUGUUCCAACAGUUGAUGUCUCUGUGGUUGACCUCACGGUGAGGCUAGAGAAGAAAGCUUCAUAUGAUCAAAUAAAAGCUGCUAUCAAGGAGGAAUCAGAGGGAAAGCUGAAGGGAAUAUUGGGCUACACUGAAGAUGAUGUGGUUUCCAGUGAUUUUAUUGGUGACAGCAGGUCAAGUAUUUUUGAUGCAAAAGCUGGAAUUGCUUUGAAUGAGAAUUUUGUGAAGCUUGUUGCUUGGUACGACAAUGAGCGUGGCUACAGCACCCGGGUAGUUGACUUGAUCUGUCACAUCGCAUCUACUCAAUAAGGUUGCAGCAAUAUUUGAGUGGUUGCUGUAAGCGUCGUCGGACGAUAUGCCGUUUUGGUUCAGUGUCUGCUUGUACGUGGCUAAAUGAAAAUAAAUUUGUUUAAGACAUGAUUUUAGUAUGAUUGUCAUAGUUUUUAGGUCUGCUGUCUGCUUGUCUUGAGAGGAAGUUUAAAUUGCCCUUUACUGGAUUUGAAUAUUGUCUUGCCAGUAUCUAUGAGAUUUUCUGAAACAAA